ACAACGAAAUUGAAGUUCAAUUUAUUUAAUUCAGUAAAUAAAAGUGCUGAAUACUUAGGUAACUCACUAACAAUAUUUAGAUGCGAAAAUAGAUUACGUGUACUGAUAAAUAAGAGGUUGGUUAGAAAUUCUGGCUAUUUAUCUCAAUUUAAAUCUAAAAGUAACGGUUCGAAAAGUGUCACGACAUGGAUCAGGAAAGGCCAGAAAGUACAAUAAAUCACGGAAAACGUAGUCGACCUUUGCUACUACAACCGAGUCCGAAGAUCGCAAGGCUAUCAGCUUACGGGAGUUCAUCUAGUUCAGUGCUUAAGAAUUCAAAAAAAUUGGGAUCACAUUCGCUUAAAAAGACCAAACCUUUGAUUAAUAAAAAUGAUGUACCACCCCCUGGUACUCCAGUACCGGAUAAGUACGUUCGUAAGGCUGGUCCUUACUUAUUGGGACCUAAACAAGGGCCUAGUCCAGUUAAGAGCAUAGUUCAAUGUCUGGCAAGGAAAGAAAAAACUGAUGAUUAUUAUCAGAUUAAGAUUUUAACACUUCGCAACGAGGGUCAACCUGAAACUCAAGAUGAUAGACAAGGGAAGAUGUUGCUGCACACAGAAUAUUCAUUAUUGUCAUUGUUAAAGGAUCAAGAUGGUGUGGUUCAUCACCAUGGACUUUUUAAGGAUCAUGCUCUUGAAGAAAUCCCCAAUCCGAAUGGCCCAGGUUUUCUAUACACUGGCAGAGUUCGUCAGAGAUUAUUCCUUGUUUUGGAUUGUGUCACAUCACACCAGUUCAGCGAGAAAGGCAGCGAGUUGAUAAAUCUGCAGCAGUAUGUAACAAAAGUUAAAAAAGUUCCGGAAAAAGAAGCUGUCCUUAUAUUCUAUGAUAUUGUUAGAGUAGUUGCCAAUUUACAUAAGAGAAACAUAGUACACAGAGACCUGAAGCUAGGUAAUAUAGUAUUGAACCAAAGAACAGGCCGGAUAACUAUAACAAACUUCUGCUUGGGCACACAUUUGGGUAGCGACAGAGAUUUGUUAAAGGAUCAGAGAGGAUCACCAGCUUACAUAUCACCGGAUGUAUUAAUGUGUAAGCCAUACCAUGGAAAACCAUCAGACAUGUGGGCACUGGGUGUCGUCUUGUAUACAAUGUUGUAUGGACAGUUCCCAUUCUGUGAUACAAGUCUUGCACAACUGUUCAGUAGGAUACAAGCUGCUAAUUAUAAUAUACCACCGGAUGGUAAUUCAGUUCAAGUAUCUGAUAAUACGGUGUUUUUGAUUCAAAGAUUAUUAGUUAAGGAUCCAAAACACAGAUUAUUGGCAGAUGAUGUAUUAGAUCAACUGUCGAGUAUAAUAGCUAGUUAUGUGAUAGUACCGAACCCACCAGAGGACCUGCAGGUGGUCCCCGAUGUACCCUUACAAGAGGAGAAAGAUGAAAAGCCAACCGCACAAAAUAAAGUUGAUAAGAAACCUUUUAUUAAUAUACCAGAGAGUACUGAACGGACAUCUAAUAAUAAUGAGGAAUUGGGUGUAUUUUGUGUUCCGUUACCGGAUUUCUUUGCGUUGAAUUUCCCAUCAACGAAUCGUCAGAACGGUAUCCUUAUACCUACAACAGUAGAUUCAUCACUGAUCUCAUCACCUAAUAAUAAUCAACGUCAAAUCACAGUUCAAAGAAUAGGUAGAGAUGCAAGACCAUUAUUACCUAAUGAAAUAGCAAGAUAUCAACAUAUGUUUGCAACAAAUCGAACGGAAAGAAGAUCUGAUGUACAAAACUUUGUUCCGGAAAGACAGGAGCGGCCAGAAAAUUCCAGAUUAAGAUCCUUAGCUCAGAGAAUACCAAGAUUAAAUGCUAUCACAAGUAAUGGUUCAACAGAUUUCAGAGUUAUACCGUGGUCUGAAAGAUCUAGGUUACAAGAUAGGACCUGGGAUCAGGAUUAUGUUGUCCGGUUACCAAUUUUAGAUAUAUCUAGGAUGUCGAAUAGAAUAAUGAAUCCAGCACCUGUGCAUGCUGUUAAUCCUGAAUCCCUGGUCAAUAAUCCAAGACCACCUGUUGAUAAUUCUGAAUUGGAUUAUAAUUAA